AUGGGUUCCUCGAUCGAUAUGGAGAAUGUGCCCAACUUUCGAGAUGUUGGCAAGACAGUAAAUGAAUUUCUGGGUGUGAGGCGAGUUCGAGAGGGUGUAUUUUAUCGUUCUGCGAGACCAGACGAUGCAACUCUCGCCGACAGAGACCAUAUGAAAGACGAGCUUCGCAUCAAGACAGUCAUAGACUUGCGGACAAAGACGGAGCACAUCAACCAGGCCAAGAAGCGCGAGGAACAGGCCAACACCCCAUCACUCGUCAAACUGAAUGCGGCAUUGGCCGAGACCGUAUACAUCCCCGGGAUAGACUACCAAGAGAUCAAAAUCACUGGCCGCCCCCUUGAGCGGUUUUGGCUGAGCCAGCUCGGUUGGUGGGACUUUUUGCGGUUAUUGUUCCUGUUUCUCUGCGGUUACCGCAUGGAGGCCGUCAGAAUCAUUGGUACAAAGGUCAUGUUACCACGAGGUCUCGUUGGGUUAGGCCGCGAUACACUGGACAAUUCCCCUCUUGAGAUUCGAGAGACAUUGUCCCUCUACACCAACAUGGCGGCAUUGCCGUCGGUAGUCCACUGCACGCAAGGAAAGGAUCGAACAGGUCUUGUGUGCGCACUGGUACUGAUGAUACUGGGUGUUCCUGUCCCUGCCAUUGAGUACGACUAUGGCCUCACAGACGAGGCGCUCCUCGAAGGGCGAGAUGAGAGAAUCGCCGAGGUUCGCCAAAUUGGACUCACGGAGGAGUGGGUCAGCACCGCCCCUGGCAUGAUUGUGGGAAUCGAGCAGCACCUGAAGACCAGGUACGGAGGCUUGGACAGCUAUCUUGACAGCAUCGGGUUUGGAGCCGGGGACAGGGCCAUGGUUCGCGAGACCCUUUUAUACUGA